CUCGGAAGAGCCCGGAGAUUAGCGGCGGGGACGCGCUGUCGCGCUGGGUUCUCGGGAAGGAUCGCGACCCGGAACUGACCGCCGCGGGAGAGAAGCGACACCAGCCCCGGAUUCGCGGUCCGGAGCUCGCGGCCGGAGGAGAAGCCCCUGCCAGUGACCACAGACCCCUCUGAGCUAAGGACACCAUGGCCACGUCAGCCCCACUGCGGACCCUGGAAGAGGAGGUGACCUGCUCCAUCUGCCUCGAUUACCUGCGGGACCCCGUGACCAUAGACUGUGGCCACGUCUUCUGCCGUAGCUGUACCACCGACAUCCGCCCGGCCUCGGGGGGCCGCCCCGUCUGUCCCCUCUGCAAGAAGCCUUUUAAGAAGGAGAACAUCCGACCUGUGUGGCAGCUGGCCAGCCUGGUGGAGAACAUCGAGCGGCUGAAGGUGGACAAGGGCAGGCAGCCGGGAGACGUGGCCCGGGAGCAGCAGGACACGAAGCUGUGCGAGCGACACCAGGAGAAGCUGCACUACUACUGCGAGGACGACGGGAAGCUGCUGUGUGUGAUGUGCCGGGAGUCUCGGGAGCACAGGCCCCACACGGCCGUCCUCAUGGAGAAGGCCGCCCAGCCCCACAGGGAAAAAAUCCUGAACCACCUGAGCACCCUAAGGAGAGACAGAGACAAAAUUCAGGGCUUUCAGGCAAAGGGAGAAGCUGAUAUCCUGGCUGCACUGAAGAAGCUCCAGGACCAGAGGCAGUACAUCGUGGCUGAGUUUGAGCAGGGCCACCAGUUCCUGAGGGAGCGGGAGCAGCACCUGCUGGACCAGCUGGAGAAGCUGGAGCAGGAGCUCACGGAGGGCAGGGAGAAGUACAAGACCAGGGGCGUCGGGGAGCUUGCCCGGCUGGCGCUGGUCAUCUCUGAGCUGGAGGACAAGGCACAGCAGCCGGCUGCAGAGCUCAUGCAGGAAAAUGCUGUCCCGGACCAGUGGCAGGGCAAAUCGAUAGCCAGGGAAGAGAUGGCAAGGCAAGUUGUCCAGGACACCAGAGACUUCUUAAACAGGUAUCCGCGGAAGAAGUUCUGGAUUGGGAAACCCAUUGCUCGUCUGGUUAAAAAGAGGACAGGAGAAUUCUCAGAUAAACUUCUGUCUCUGCAGCGAGGCCUGAGGGAAUUCCAAGGGAAGCUGCUGAGAGACUUGGAGUAUAAGACGGUGAGUGUCACCCUGGACCCGCAGUCAGCCAGUGGGUACCUGCAGCUGUCAGAGGACUGGAAGUGUGUGACCUACACCAGCCUGUACCAGGGUGCUUACCUGCACCCCCAGCAGUUUGACUGUGAGCCAGGGGUGCUGGGCAGCAAGGGCUUCACCUGGGGCAAGGUCUACUGGGAGGUGGAGGUGGAGAGGGAGGGCUGGUCCGAGGAUGAAGAGGAGGGGGACGAGGAGGAAGAGGGGGAAGAGGAGGAGGAGGAAGAGGAGGCCAUCUAUGGGGACGGAUACGACGACUGGGAAACAGAUGAGGACGAGGAGUCGUUGGGGGAUGAAGAGGAAGAAGAGGAGGAGGAGGAGGAGGAAGUUCUGGAAAGCUGCAUGGUAGGGGUGGCCAGAGACUCUGUGAAGAGGAAGGGAGACCUCUCCCUGCGGCCGGAGGAUGGGGUGUGGGCGCUGCGCCUCUCCUCUGCGGGCAUCUGGGCCAACACCAACCCCGAGGCUGAACUCUUCCCUGCACUGCGGCCCCGGAGAGUGGGCAUCGCCCUGGAUUAUGAAGGGGGCACUGUGACUUUCACCAAUGCAGAGUCACAGGAACUCAUCUACACCUUCACUGCCACCUUCACCCGGCGCCUGGUCCCCUUCCUGUGGCUCAAGUGGCCGGGAACACGCCUCCUGCUGAGACCCUGAGCCCCAAUGCCUGUCCCUGGCCCCACACCCACAGCUGCUUCACUUCUCAAAUUCCAGGACUCCGUGACGAGGGGAAGGAGGUGCCUGGCCAGACCACCUGGAGCAGGAGAGGGGAGGGACCCCAUGUCCACUGCCGCUCUCCUCCCUACGGCUGUGGCCCCUUUGAGACCUCGCUAAGUGCUGUUGCUCCAUCCACACUGCUGUAGUUCGGCUCCUCUCCCACCUCCUGGAGGUUUCCUUGCAAAAUUCUGACCCUGCGGACUGUUAGGGCUCCUCCCUCCCUUCAGCCCACUGCCUUUGACCCAGCUCUACAUACUUUUUGUUGAAUAAGAGGCAAGGCGGCAUUUUCUUGCCCAGUAUGGCAUCCCAUGCCAGCUGUUCUUGGGAAAGACCAGUUGACCAUUACGCUCAAGGCCAUUUUGCUGUCCUCAAAUCCAAUACUUCUCCUUUGCCCAAAUCUACUCCUGCUGCCUGCCUUCCCUGGCACUUUAAACAGACCUACUACCACCCCAACUCAGAGUUAAACAUACAUGAAAAUGCUGGAAAUGAACUGAAUCAAAAUCCACUGAGGCUUCCCGGGCCAUUUAAGUGAGCCGCCUGGAGUGGCAGUGGAAAUGGUCCUGUGAGGUCCAGAGCAGAAUCCGUGCUCCUCAGAGACCAGGGCUAGCAUAGGAAGUUCCCAUAACUAAGGAGGUGGGACUCCCUGGAGCCAUCUGUGGUCUUAGGGGAAGGGUCUAGAUACAUGUGGCUUUUAGGUAACAGUUUUGAUAGGUGAUCAAUAAAUUAUCUUUGUGGGUUGGUCUUUGUGAGGAGAGUUUUUAAAAGGAUCCAGAAUAUUCUGCUCUUGAUUGGUCCAUCUAAAAACACCAGGGCAAAUCCAGUCAAGCAAAUCCUCCCCUGCCUUGGAAGCUCUGAUCACUUUCUCCGGUCGAGUAUUAAGCUUCUGUCACUGGCCGUGCUCAACACUGAGGUUGCGUUUUCCUAGGACAGGGGUUGGGGAGGGGAAGACAGUUGUGUGGGGAGAGGAGAGGAAGGCAGCAGGAGUCCACAAGCCCACCAGGUCUUCAGGUCAAGAGAGGGAUUAAAGCGUAUCCUCAUUGCUUAUAGGCCCGACCCAAGUCCCAGCCUCCAUGUCAGCUCCCCUAGUGCCAUAGUUUAACAUGAGCUCCCUGCUCCAGCCAGAUUACCUCGCAGCCUUCGUCUUUACCCAUUCUGAGCACUCUGCCAGUCCCCUGCUUAUCCAACUUAACUCCUCCCCCUGCUCCAAGAGACUGUUCCCACCGCUGUGGAUCUGGGGGUCCCUUAGUCACCACGUUGUCUCAAAGUUGCACUCUCUGUGUAUAUCACAUGCUGCCUGAGUCACAUGUACAUCUGAUUUCUGCCUCUAGUUUUGUAAGCUCCCUGAGGGCGGGUUCCAUAUCUUACACUUCUCUUGUAUUCUCCAUGGCACCUAGUGCAGUGCUGGGCGCAGAGUAGGUGCUCAAUAAAAACUUGUUGAAUGAAAAGCUUGGAUUUAUAUAUAUUUUAUUAUAACUCAAAUAUCACCAGAUCUUCUCGGUCUGUGUCUACGAAGAAGUUCCAUUG